AUGAGCAUCCAAACAAAGUUCGACGGCAUAAUGAAACAUCUCGGAUGGAAACAAGGUGAUGAAGAUGAGAAUUGGGCAAAAAAAGCAAUCGAUAACCUCAUGAAAAAACUCAUGAAGCACAACAAGGAUGCGUUGGCGUGCCUGGAAUUCGCUCUACAGUGCAAAGGAGAGCAACCAACGGAUUGUGUGACGAUCCCAAGAUCUCUGGACGGACGACUUCAGAUAUCGCACAGAAAGGCACUUCCUCACGUGAUAUACUGUAGGGUGUACCGCUGGCCCGAUCUUCAAUCGCAUCACGAACUAAAAGCCAUUGACACUUGUAGGUAUUGUUACGAUUCCGGACAGAAGGAGAUCUGCAUCAACCCUUACCACUAUCGUCGCAUCGAAAGCGAUGGCGUUCUACCGCCUGUACUAGUGCCCAGAUACUCGGAGCUGCCUCCUCCGUCAAUACCACCCGGAAUACGACGGAUGCAAGCGAUGGAAGCAUCCGGUCCGUCAAUGCCCCAAAACGUUGAGAUCGCCGGCCUGUUCAACCAUUCCCAGUUCAAUCAAAUGCAAGCGGACGAUGGCGACGGCUAUAGUUUCUCGCCCGGUGUGCCGACAGUGGCGGUGCAUUGCGUUCAACCCGAACAUUGGGCAACUAUCAGCUACUACGAAAUGAACACCCGAGUUGGCGAACAAAUUCGAGUGACAUCGUCUCCAGUGUUCAUUGACGGCUAUACAGAUCCAACCAACAAUCCACAGAAAAUAAGUUUGGGAUUAUUUUCCAAUGUGAAUCGAAAUCCACCCAUAGAGAAUACGAGAAGAUUGAUUGGAAAAGGUGUGAAGUUGACCUACGUUCGACACCAAGGCACACUUUUCGCCGAAUGCGAGUCGGACUCGGCGAUAUUCGUGCAAUCGAGGAAUUGUAACUUCAUCCAUGGCUUCCAUCCCACUACCGUAGUCAAAAUCGCCAACAAAUGCUCGCUGAAGAUCUUUGACGAACAGUGUUUCAGAAGGCUCCUCGCUGACUGCUCUACUCGAGGAUUUGAUGCAUCGUACGAGUUGACAAAAAUGACGAUAAUACGUAUGUCAUUCGUCAAAGGUUGGGGAGCGGAAUAUCAACGGAAAGAUGUCACCUCAACGCCAUGCUGGAUUGAGAUACACCUCCAUGCUCCGCUAACGUGGCUGGAUCAAGUUCUCAAACACAUGACGCCACCACCACGACCUAUUUCUUCCAUAUCAUGA